AUGACUGGUAAUAACGGAAAUCAAGUUCAACGAAGAAGGGGCAUCGCGCAAUCCGGCCGCUAUAAAAGCUGUGCACCGCUUGGAGUGGAUCAUCAGUUGGCUUCCAGCUUCCUCUUCAGCUACGUGAAGUUCCCCAGUUUUCAAACCCCAAGCAAGAAACUUCCGAAAAUGAAGAUCUUUGUGUGUCUCCUGGCUGCUCUGGUUGCCACCUCAUCCGCUGGCUUCAUCGGUGGAUCCGGCGGUGGUGGCGGUGGCGGUGGCUACAGCUAUGGAAUCGGUUCUGGAGGAGGAGGCGGCGGUGGCCACCAGGAGGUGAAGACCAUCCAGGUCAUCCACCAGGAGGGUGGCGGCUACUCUGGCGGCGGCGGCGGUCAUGGCUACUCCGGCGGCCACGGAGGCUACUCGGGCGGUGGCCACCAGGAGGUGAAGACCGUGAAGGUCAUCCACCAGGAGGGAGGCGGCUACUCUGGCGGCGGCGGCGGUCAUGGCUACUCCGGCGGCUUCGGAGGCUUCUCUGGCGGUGGCCACCAGGAGGUGAAGACCGUUAAGGUCAUCCACGAGGAGGGACAUGGUCUGGGCGGCGGCGGCGGCGGUGGUGGCUUUUCCGGUCAUGGACAUGGACACGGUGGACAUCAGGAGGUGAAACUGGUGAAGGUCAUUCAUGAGGAGGGCGGUCAUGGCCACGGACAUGGCGGCUACUCCGGCGGUCACGGAGGCUACUCCAGCGGUGGCCACCAGGAGGUUAAGACUGUGAAGGUGAUCCACCAGGAGGCCGGCGGUCAUGGUUACUCCGGCGGUCAUGGCGGCUACUCCGGCGGUCAUGGAGGCUAUUCCGGCGGUGGUCAUCAGGAGGUCAAGACCGUGAAGGUCAUCCAUGAGGAGGGACACGCCCUGGGCGGCGGCGGUGGAUACGCCGGUGGCUUCUCUGGCCAUUCGCAUGGACAUGGUGGCCAUCAGGAGGUGAAGACCAUCAAGGUCAUCCACGAGGAGGGCGGUCACAGUCACGGCGGUCACGAUCACGGUCACGAUCACGGUCACUCGCACGGCGGAUUCGAGGAGGUCAAGACCAUUCAGGUCAUUCACGAGGAGGGCGGCCACGCCCCCAUCGUCAGCAACGAGUAUCUGCCGCCCAGCAAUGAGUACCUGCCCCCCGUAUCCGCUCCACAGCCCGGCUAUCUGCCCCCAUCCUCCAGCUGGAAGUGAGUGAUUCGGCUCCUUCCGAAUCGAUUCGAUUCGAGCCAUACUGAUCCUUGAGUCUUGUUAAGUAGUUUUAGGCCUCCUUUUUUUCCUACCCAUUUUUUUUUUACUGUUGUACCCAUUUUACCUCACUUGCUGAACAAAUAUACCAUCUGUAAAUUAUAAAACUA